AUGAACAUCGAUCUAAACAAUUUACCCGAUGAAGUUCUUUUUUAUUCGAAAGAACAAUUUGAUACCUUUAUUGAACAAUGCUUAGGUGUCGAUGAAAUGAUGUUAAUAAAAUUACAGUCUAUUAAAAAUAUUAGAACACUCAUAAACGUUCCUGAUGUUCUGGCUGUGCUUAAUGUUAAAUGUAAAGAACUUGUUGAUAUAAAGAAUCGUAUAUGUUUUAUUGAUGAAGGCAAUAAUAAUUUUAUUGUAAAACCAGGAGUGAAAGCUGGUAUUGCUGACUUGAUAGAAGUACUAAAAGACAAGAAUUACAAAUACGUCAAGCGAACAAAAGGUUCAAAAUCUUCAACAUUAUGUACAAAAACUAGUCAUUCACAAUUAAAUGCAUCUUUAUCAAAUACACUUAGUUCAUAUAUUACUGGUUCAAUUUCAAUAUCAACGUCAUCAACUACGACAACAUCCAAUUUGAUGUCAAUGAAUGAUUAUUUACACAUGAUUUCUGUUAAUAUCGAAAAAUACUGUAGUAAUACAUUUCAAAAUAUUCUUUUAAAAAGUGAUAUUGAUUACUUGAUACACUUAACACCAUCAAAUACAUAUAUUGAUGGGCCCAUAAAAUGUAAUUGUAAUAGAAAUAUUAAAAUUAUUUAUCGUGCAAAUGCAAAUUCAUUUCAACUUUCUUCUUAUUUCAAGCAUAUAAAAUAUAGUCGUUGUCUUAUGAUGAAAAAGAAGAAACAAGAAUCGAGUAAAAUUCCAGAAAAAAUAAAUGAUUUAUUGAAUAAAACUUUACAAAUUAAUAAUUGUUAUAAUACUAUUAAUGAUGGCAGUGAAAGCGAUCAGGAUAAGUUAAACGAUGAAAACAAUUGUUUUCAAAUUAUAAACAACAAUUCCACCUCAAACAGUUCUUGUUCUCCUGCAAGAAAACGAUUAUCAACACUUCCAUCAUCUUCAGGUACUACAAAGAAAAAAAAAGGACAUCAUGUACAGGCAAACAAAAUACUUUGA